GGUUGUUCUCUGUGUAACUGAUAAAAAGAAGGACAAAACAAGUUAUAAAAGCAGCACAAAAAAGAACAGAAAACCUGUUUGAGAAAAUGUGGGCACUUUUGGUCCUCAUAGGUGCUGCAUCUGUUUCUGCUCACCUGCAGGAUCUUUCCUUUGAUGGACAGAAGGUGUUCCGUGUAAUUCCACAGAAUGAUGAGCAGGUGGAAAUCCUCAAUUUCCUUGCCAGCAUCAUGGAGGUUGACUUUUGGCAGCCAGAUUCCGUCAAACUGGUAAGGCCAAAAAUGCAAGUGGAUUUCCGAGUUGAAGCUGAGAAGUCUUUUAAGGUUGAAGAUCUUUUGAAAGAAAGUGGAAUGGAGUAUCAAGUUCUGAUUGACAACCUGCAGGCUGCACUGGAUGCCCAGUUUGACAGCCGAGCUCGUUCUGCCGGCCACAGCUAUGUGAAGUACAACAACUGGAACACGAUAGCUGCUUGGACUGCUGAUAUUGCUGCUCAGAACCCAGACCUUGUCUCUCGUAGUGUAAUUGGGGAAACGUAUGAAGGACGGCCAAUGUACCUUCUCAAAGUGGGAAAAAGUGGUUCAAAUAAGAAGGCCAUCUUUAUGGAUUGUGGUUUCCAUGCAAGAGAAUGGAUCAGCCCUGCUUUCUGCCAGUGGUUUGUGAAAGAGGCUGUGGAGACCUAUGGAAAAGAUACUGUCAUGACCACACUUCUGGACAAGCUGGACUUCUAUGUUCUGCCUGUUGUUAACAUUGAUGGUUACAUUUACACUUGGACAAAAGACCGCAUGUGGAGAAAGACUCGUUCUAAACACGCCGGGAGCACUUGCAUUGGGACAGAUCCCAACAGGAAUUUUAAUGCUGGCUGGUGCACUCUUGGGGCCUCAAAUUAUGCCUGUUCUUCCACUUAUUGUGGCCCUGCACCUGAGUCUGAAAAGGAGACCAAGGCUCUGGCUGAUUUUAUUCGUGAACAUCUUUCUACAAUCAAGGCAUACUUGACAAUUCACUCCUAUUCCCAGCUGCUACUGUUUCCUUAUUCAUACACUUACAGUUUGCCAUCAGAUUACGAGGAACUGAAUUCCAUAGCUAGAGCUGCUUCCAAAGAACUGGCCAGUUUGUACAACACUGAAUAUACAUAUGGUCCAGGAGCAACAACUAUCUACCCUGCUUCAGGGGGCUCUGAUGACUGGGCUUAUGACCAAGGCAUCAAGUACUCUUUCACUUUCGAGCUGCGGGACACCGGGAGAUACGGUUUCCUUCUCCCUGAAUCUCAGAUAAAGCCAACCUGUGAAGAGACUUUGCUUGCUGUUAAAUAUAUUGCCAACUAUGUCCUUGAGCACUUGUAUUAGAAUGGAAUUCUAAAAAUUAUUAAAGUAGGCUUUAUACAAA